CUGUUCACUAAUACAACCGCUUUUAUGUCAUACUGUUGACUUCAGUAAAAGUGGCUGGAGUCUCAUUACUUCUUAAUAUAUAUGGUGAUGAUACUACUCAUCUGACUUGAGGUCCAUUCAUUCAGAUAAAAACUAUGACAGAAGAGCAAGGAUUGUCAGUGAUGGAUUUGCUGAAGCCUCAAAUACCACUAACCAGUCUGGGGAUGGAGGUUGUAGGCAAGAACUCUUCAAGAGAUCUUCCACUACAAGAAGAUGUUGCUCCACAUUUUAUGCUUAAGAAAAAUACUAAGGACACCUUUUCAUAUUUUGGAAUUGAUUUAGACAAAGAAAAUGCUUUCUUAGAGACUAUUCCCCUAAGGAACGCUAUUUUAUCUUUAAAUUGUAUAAACAAAAAUUUCACAUCAGCAUCUAGCAGUACUAGUCCAUCUAAGGAAUUAAAACAGAGACAUGUUUUAGCCAGGCUCCCUGUUGAAAAUCCAGAAAAACUAAUAAAUCAUAUAAUUCAAAAUGAUAACAUUAAAAUACCAAAGAAGGUGUUGACUAAAAUGGUGUUAUCCUUAUCUCCAUCCAAGGGCUUAAUUCUGCCAAGUGUACAUGAGGCAAAAACACCUGAAAAGUUUUAUAAUGGCAAUGAUAUUUUAGAUUGUCAUUCAUCACCUUGGCCUCACCUGGAUGAAGAUCAAUAUCACUCACUCAGGCCAGACAGAAGUCCUAAAAAAUGUAGUGGGAAUGGAAUGUAUAAUAAGAUGCAAUCCCCCAAACCAUCAUUUGUCGUUAACCAACAGAAUCAAGAGAAAUUGUUGGAAUGUAAACACCAAGAUGCCGAUGUAUCAUCAUUAAUUAUACAAAACCAAAAUAGAUCAGAUGGAAUCAAGAGUGCAAGUAAAGACAAAACAUUGAAUAUAUUGCAGCAUAUUGAUGAUGAGGAACCCAGCCAAAAUGAAGUACCCUCAUUUAGUGUGGUGUUUCCAAGUGGGUCUGCAGAUUCUGUGGUGGUAAGUGCAGAUGAUGGUACGAUGGGAAAUAUUGCUUCAAGUACAGAAACAAAGGAUUGCAGUUCAAACACCCUUCUUCAGCAGGGUCAUGCAGCUGUCACUGACUUGAAUAAGAAUCUAAAACACAAUUGUUCGUCUAUUAAUCUAAACGGAAAUGUAUCAUCUAAACAAACUCUGAAUGUGGGCAAAAUACCACGAGAGGGUUCUGUCACUGACAGUGUACACAUGAAGACAAAUGAUUCAACUGUAAAUGAUGUAACCCAAGACAUGACAGAUGAAGAAGACUUAAAUCAGUCUAUGUGCAAUAUGUCAGUGCAUGAAAAAUUCAACCUUACCAAUGAUUCAAAUAAGACUGACAUAUUUAUCGUAUUAGAUGAAACAGUAGAUGAUGAUUCCAAUAAUAGUACAAAUGAAAUCACCAAGAAAAAACAUGAUGACUCACUUGAUAACAAUUCAAAAAUGAUUUUUCUGUAUAACAAGGAGGAAGUUCCAUGUUUCAGUAAAUCUCAAAGUGGAAGUGUGGAGGGACUAGUAAAGCCAUAUUUGCAGCCAUUUGUGAGCAAAGACCCGCAGGAGAACAAAGAUAAUGAGGUUAGUGUUUUGGGUAGACUUUUACUUGCUUCCUGGUGCAGUAUAUUGAUUAUCAAGACUUCACUUUCUCUCUUACCAGAGAGGAACAUUGCAUUAACCCAUCAAUUGUGGCUGGUCUCAAUUUCAUGUGUACCCUCACUGCAGUAA